AUGGUCCCCAAUGAAGCCUAUCAAUAUGCAGGGAUUGUCCAGCUGCUCCUACAUUUGAAAUGGACGUGGGUUGGAAUUAUUACAUCUGAUGAUGAUAAUGGAGAAAAUUUUGUGCAGACCAUGGUGCCAAAGCUUGCUCAAAAUGGCAUCUGUCUAGGUCUCCAUGAAAAAGCAACAAGCUUCUCUCAAACUAUAGAGUCAAUGAAGGCAGAAGGAGUUAUCCAGAACAAGGCUGCCCAACUAACCAAAUCCACUGUCGGAGUAUUCAUUGUCAAUGCAGAGCCUCAGACUACAAUAUGGUUGUCAUGGUUCAUAUAUUUUUAUUCAGUAAUAGAAGACGUUACAGAGACCUCUAUAGGUAAAGUGUGGAUUAUGACAGCACAAUGGGAUUUCUCAUUACAGACAUUGCAAAGGUAUUUUGACAUACAAAUGUUUGAUGGUACAUUGUCUUUUGCCCUUCGCUCAAAUGAAGUGCCAGCAUUUAGAAAAUUCCUUCGAACGCUACAUCCUAGCUCAGAAAAAGGAGAUGAUUUUAUCAGGAUCUUCUGGGAAAAGGCCUUCAACUGCUUAUUUACUGAUUCUAACAAAAGCAGAGAGAGUGAAGAUCCUUGCACCAAACAAGAGAAGCUGGAGAGCCUCUCUGGGGCUCUUUUUGAAAUGAGCAUGACCGGCAAAAGCUACAGUGUCUACAAUGCUGUAUAUGCCAUAGCAAUGGCUUUACACAAGAUAUACUCAUGGGGUGCAAAACACAAAUCAGUGAUGGACAAAGGCAGAGCUGCUCUACCACAUCUUCAACCCUGGCAGCUCCACACUUUCCUGCAGAGCAUCUCAUUUAAUAACAGUGUUGGAGAUACCAUAUCUUUUGAUGAGAAUGGUGAAUUAGCAGCUGGUUUUGACAUUAUAAACUGGGUUACUUUCCCAAACCAGUCAUUUUUAAGAGUUGAAAUAGGAAGGAUGGAUCCACAGUCUUCACAAGGCCAAACAUUCAUCUUUAAUGAGAAGAUCAUCACAUGGGACAGGACAUUUAAUCAGGUGCUGCCUCUUGCCAUGUGUAAUGAUAACUGCCAACCAGGUUACAGAAAACUGAAGAAGGAGGGGGAGCCAUUUUGUUGCUAUGAUUGUCCUCCAUGUCCAGAUGGGAAAAUAUCAAACCAAAAUGACAUGGUUGAAUGUUCAAACUGCCCAGGAAGUCAAUAUCCAAAUAGGAAUAAAGAUCAAUGCCUUCCCAAGGGUACAAACUACCUCUCAUUUGCAGAACCUUUGGGGAUGAUUUUAACUUUCUUGGCUCUGUCUUUUUCUCUGCUCACAGCUUUGGUGGUCGGAAUAUUCUUCAAGAACAAGAACACUCCCAUCGUCAAAGCCAAUAAUCGGGACAUCACCUAUUCUCUGCUCAUCUCCCUAUUUCUUUGUUUCCUCUGUGCCUUGCUGUUCAUUGGUUGGCCUCAACCAGUAACCUGCUAUUUACGUCAAAUUGCCUUUGGUGUCAUUUUUUCUGUGGCUGUUUCAUGUAUAUUGGCAAAAACAAUCACUGUGGUUCUGGCUUUCAUGGCCACUAAGCCAGGAUCCAGGAUGAGGAAAUGGGUGGGAAGAAAAAUGGCCAAUUCUAUUAUUUUGGGUUGCUCCCUUCUUCAAGCCAGUAUUUGUGGUGUAUGGCUCUCUACUGCUCCUCCAUUCCCAGAUAUGGACAUGCACUCUCUGGAUGAAGAAAUUAUACUGGAAUGCAAUGAAGGCUCAAUCACUAUGUUUUAUUGUGUUUUGGGCUACCUGGGAGUUUUGGCUGUUGUUAGCUUCACAGUGGCAUUCCUAGCCAGGAAGUUACCAGAUAGUUUCAAUGAAGCCAAGUUCAUCACUUUCAGCAUGUUGGUGUUUUGCAGCGUUUGGUUGUCCUUUGUCCCAUCUUACCUGAGCACCAAAGGAAAAUAUAUGGUGGCUGUGGAGAUUUUCUCCAUCUUGGCCUCAAGUGUUGGAUUAUUGGGUUGCAUUUUUUCCCCAAAUGCUACAUAA